AUGGAUUCAAACGAGGCCACGCGCCUUCUCCACGCGCGCAUCUCCCAGCUCGAGCAAGAUGCCGCUGGGGAGAAGGAUCAAGAGCUGGAAAUCGAGCGCGAAGUCAAACGGGCGAACCGAGACCUUCUACAGCAGCGGUCCAGUGAACUGCUGGCUGACAUGCGACGACUCGAGCGUGAGAAUCAAAAGAACAAGCGACGAGGCGACAAUCUGCAAAAGGAGCGAGAUACAGGCCGAACCGAGCUCAGCAAGACGGUUGGACUGAAGGAGAAACUCGAAAAGCUUUGCCGCGAACUUCAGCGUGACAACAACAGGAUGAAGACCGAGAACAAGGAACUUCAAACAACCCAGAAGCGGAACAACACUCACUGGGAUGAGAAGUAUGCUACGCUGUUGUCGAAACUCGAGGGAUACCAGGAAGAGAAGGAUACUCCGAAAAAGCAGGUCGUGGACAUGGAGGUUGACGAACUGUUUCGAGUACGCUUCAAGUCCUUCAUCGAGCAAUACGAAUUACGCGAGUUACAUUUCCACUCACUCAUGCGAACCAAAGAGCUCGAAGUCCAAUAUCACAUGGCUCGGUACGAGAGAGAAAAGAAGAAUGCCGAAGGCGAAUCAGCCAAGGCCCGGCACCUCCAAGCCCAAGUUCAAGCCUUCACCAAGACGGAGACGGAGCUCAGGAAUCAACUCAACGUCUAUGUGGAUAAGUUUAAGCAGGUUGAGGAUACCCUGAACAAUAGCAACGACCUGUUUUUGUCGUUCCGCAAGGAGAUGGAGGACAUGUCCAAGAAGGGCAAGCGGUUAGAGAAGGAGAACGAGGCUCUGAAGCGUCAAAAGGAGGCGACAGCAGCCAACAUCAUCCGCAUGGCUGAGGAACGCCAGGAGUGGAAGAAGAAGACAGAGUCAGCCGAGAAGAAGUCGGAGAAGCUCAUGAGUAUCAUCCAACAGAUGCAACAGCAAGGACGCAAGGUACCGCCCGGCAUGGCCAACACGGUCGAGAGCUGUUACUCGGACAGCCACGGAGGGAACGAAGGGGAUGAGAGCGACUACUCUGACGAAGAGGGCGAGGAGGAAGAACUUAGCGAGUUCGACGAUGAUACAGAGGAGGAACCGCAAAGCAAUGAGCAAGGGACCCCGAAGACUGGGUCAAUAUCACCGCGGAAUAAGGAGCUGUUGGUCCCAAGGUUUACGUGUUCCAUCGACAACACCGCAACCAUGGACUUUCUCCAGCGCCUCGCGCGCUUCCUCGACCGCCCGCUUUUCCCGUGGAAGAAGCUCAUCAUGGGCUUCUCAGUCGGCCAGUACCUCUUCGAAACCUUCCUCACGCUCCGCCAGUACCGCGUCCUCCAAAACACCAAGCCCCCCGUCGUCCUCUCCAAGGAGGUCUCCCAGGAAGUCUUUGACAAGUCGCAGGCCUACGGCCGCGCCAAGGCAAAGUUUGAAAUCGUCAACGGUCUAUACUCGCAGCUCCAGAACAUUGCGUUCAUGCACUUUGAUAUACUCCCCAAGCUAUGGUCCUGGUCUGGUGAUUUACUUCUCAAGUUUGCGCCUGCGAGGUUUACCGGAGAGAUUAGCCAUACUAUUGUCUUCGUCUUGACUUUUGCCGCCAUAAGCCAGAUCCUUCGACUCCCCGCCUCCAUCUACCAGACGUUUGUACUCGAAGAGAAAUUCGGCUUCAAUAAGCAGACGCCCAAGCUCUUCGUCACGGAUCUCGUCAAGACUCAGCUUCUGACCUUCGCCCUCGCGCCCCCCUUCCUCGCCGGCUUCCUCAAGAUCAUCCAAAAGACUGGCAACCAGUUCUUCUACUACCUGUGGCUCUUUGUCAUUGCUCUCCAAGUCUUCAUGAUCACCAUCUACCCGAUCGCCAUUCUUCCCCUGUUCAACAAGCUGUCGCCCCUUGAGGAUGGCGAGCUCAAGACAAAGGUCGAGUCUCUUGCCGCCAGCCUCAAGUUCCCCCUUCACGAGCUCUACGUCAUCGACGGCAGCAAGCGCAGCGCCCACUCCAACGCCUAUUUCUUUGGUCUCCCCUGGAAGAAGCACAUUGUCAUCUACGAUACUCUUAUUGAAAAGAGCGAGCCUCAGGAGGUUGUUGCUGUUCUUGCGCAUGAGCUUGGUCACUGGAAGCUUGGUCACACGACCAGUCUGUUUGGUAUCUCCCAGGCUCACUCUUUCUACAUCUUCCUUCUAUUCUCCGUCUUCAUCAACAACCGCUCGCUGUACUCAGACUUUGGCUUCCUCACCCAGCACCCCAUCAUCAUCGGUUUCAUCCUCUUCUCCGACGCCCUUGCCCCCAUGGACCUGAUCAUCAACCUGCUCAUGCACAUCGUCAGCCGCAAGUUCGAGUUCCAGGCCGAUGCCUUUGCCAAGCAGCUCGGUUACCCCGAGGAGCUCGCCCGCUCCCUUCUCAAGCUCCAGAUCCAGAACCUCAGCACCAUGGACGCCGACUGGAUGUAUGCCAGCUACCACUUCUCCCACCCUCACCUGUCGGAGCGUCUCAAGGCUCUUGGCUGGAAGGGUUCUGAAGGUGUCACUGAGGGUGUCCCCGACAAGGCUGCCGAGGCCUCGGAAAAGGAGGGCGUCGUCAAGGCCAGCGGCCGAGAUGAACUGUAG